AUGGCUGAAAAGAAGAUUACGAAGCAUGACUUUGACAUCGAGUAUCCAUUAUGGAAUGAUAUGGACAAGGAUAAGAUUCAAUUCAGAAGGCUAGAUAAUGGCUAUUCCAUUGUUUAUGAGGAUGAGGAAAAACACGAAGAUGAAAAUAGAAGGGAAUACAGGUCGCGAUCCAUAUCUUUUUCGCAAACCUACGGAGAAAGAAAGCUGAAAGAUGCAAACAUGGUUGUUGAGGAUAACAAGAUAAAGGUGAAGGGAUGGUUUGACAAUAAAGAAUAA